GGUAAUAUUCUGUAGUGUUUCGAGAAGUGGCAAAUCUUUUGAUUGCCAAAUAUUAAUAAAUAAAAAAAGGCAGAUUUUUAUUUGCUUAAUACAAUGAUUUUACGUGACAAGACGUAAUAAUCACGAACAUGAUCGAGAAGAUUACCGUUACGAUGAAUUUGGAGAGAUCUGUUAAGGAGACAGAGUCAUCUGAUAAAGCAAAGAUAGGCAAAUUAAAAAGACGUUCGGUUUCCUCUUCUAUUAAUGAUUCUGAGAAUAGAAAAAGACGAAACAUAUGCAGUAAGGAUAAAAGAAGGAAGUCAAAACAUAGAAGUAGUUCCAAUAGUUCUAGUUCUUCGAACUCAGAGAGAAAUACAUAUAAAGUAAAGAAGAAUAGAGAUGAGGAUGUAAAGCACAAAACUAAGAAGUAUGGAAAUAGUACAGAAUUGCAAAGAAGAAGUGGAAAAUUUAAUAACGAUUAUAGAUUCUACAAUCGGAGACAUGGUAACUUUUUGAAUAAUCAAAGAGAUUAUAACUAUUCACGACCUUACAGACACCAUAACUAUUAUAAUAGAAAUAGAAGAGAGACACAUAACAAUUUUCAUUAUAAUAGAUAUUAUAACAGAAGUUUUGAAAGAAUGUUAAAUCACAACAGAUCAAGAAUAUCAAAUUAUCAUAGAAAUACUGGCCACGAUGCAACUAGUCAGCUUUCGCGAGAGAGUAGUUCAAAGGAGCAUACGAAUCAAUUGAGAUCUAUCUCUAAGAGAGACAAAUUUGAUUCAAUAAAAGAUAACACAGAAAUUGUUGAAGAAAUAAAACAGAGAGAAAAGACAAAAGCAGAAAAUGCACAAAAUGUAACUCAGCCCAGUCGCAAGAAAUUAAAGAGAAAAAGAUCUUUAUCUACUUCUAGUUCUUCUAGUGUCAGUAGCAGUAGUAGCGAUAGUAGCUGCAGUAGUACCAGCAGCAGUAAUAGCAGCAGCAGCAGCAGUAGUAGUAGUAGUAGUGACAGCAGUGGUACUGAUAGCAGUAGCAGCAGUAUUGAUAGUUCAGAGAACAAAAAAAAGCAGAAAAAAUCUAAAAAAAAGGCUAAAAAAAUCAAGAAGGCCAUAAAAAAACGAAAGAAGAAAAAACGCAUGAAGCAAAAAUUGAAAAAGAAACUAAGGAAAUCUACAUCCAAGAAAAAAGGACACAAGAAGAAAUCCAAGUCUAAAGAAAACAAACAAGUUCAAGAUGAUAAAGAAAAAACAAAGGAAAUUGUAUCAGACCUGUCAGAACGAGCAAAAGCCAUGGCACCUAUGACAAAAGAGGAAUGGGAAAAAAGGCAGAGCAUCAUACGCAGAGUAUAUGACGAGGAGACUGGAAGACAUAGAUUAAUCAAAGGCGAUGGAGAAGUUUUGGAAGAAAUAGUGAGUCGUGAACGACACAAGGAAAUUAAUAGACAAGCGACUAAAGGAGACGGCAAAUAUUUUCAAACACACUUGAAGAUAAACGCUCUAUGAAAAAAUUUUGUGUUAUAAACAAAAAUCAUUAAGAGAACAGUUUCUCGAAUGCGCGAUGAAGAAAAAUUAAUUUUUGAAAAGAUUUUUUAAAUUAUAUAUUACAAUUUAAUCUAAUUAAUUAAUGAUUAAAUAUAACGAGAAUUUAAUUAUGCGCCUCUCAAGCGCUUGAAAUACCGUAAAAGUUAUUUGAAGAUAAUACAAGGUAAGCAAAAAUUAGGUUUCGUGCCUCUUGAAAUUGUGAGAAUUGGUUCUCGUAAUUCUCGUAAUUCUCUACCUUUCGAAAUUGUGAAGAGAUAUUCGAAAAGUAUACUAGGCAAAGAGAUUACUGCAUGUAUGCUGGGAGCGACAUGAGUCACGUCGUCUUGUGUUGGCGUGCUGAUUUAUGCUGAUUUUAAGCUAGCGCCUAUCGCCUCUUGCGUAAAAUUUCAUUCGAAGUAUCUGAAAAGCAUACUAGGCGAGGAAGUUACCGGAAGUACGCUAGGAAUGGCAAGAGUGGCAUGAGUCACGUAUUAACGCACUGAUUUUCUUACACCUCAAAUUUGCAUAAAAUUUUAUCCAAGGUAUUAGAAAAGUAUACUAGGUGAGGAAGUUACGGAAAGUAUGCUGGGAAUAGCGGAACGACAUAAUCACGUGUUGCGGCACUAAUUAGUCAGCGGUUCUUUUAUCAGUAAAUCUACUCGCAAAUUCUGUAUUUCUGAUAAUCGCAAUAAUUUUUCAAUAUCAUUUAAUUGUACGCGCGGCGCAAUUUCCCCGAUACUUAUCUCCUGCCGUGAUAUACUUUCCUUUGAUAAAUUUUUGCGUACCUUUAAAGACUGCUUUACGUGAAUUUAAUUAUAAGAAUACAUAAAUGAAUUUUUGAUCGAUAAAAUAUUGGAUGUUAACAUUAUCUUAUUUUUUAUGGAAUAUAUAUAGAUAUUAGAUGCGCUCCAUUUAACGCUCACAACAUUCGCGAGCGUCACUUAUCUCUGUUUAAAACAUGAAAUGAUUCCGCGGUUCUUGCGAGCGUUAAAUGGAAUGCAUUCAGUAUUAUCAGAGUCCCUAGACGAAGAGACUUUUGACAGUAUUGAUUUUAUUUCAAAUUUCGCUGGAAACAAAAGUUUAAACAAAACGGUCAGCAAUACUAGCAUAUUAUAUUGUUUGCGAUAUAACAUGAUAGCAACGAAUGAUUGAUAGCAAAUUUAUAUUGAUAUAUUGCUAUCAGUUUGCCAUGAUUAAAAAUAGAAUUUGUGAACGAAUUCAAUUUAACAGAUAUAAUGUUGUCUCAUUUUGUGAUAGAAGUAAGAAAUAUCUGUGUUUCGAAUUAGUUUUAAUUAGUGUUGGCAAUAUGACAUCAAAAGAUUUAACUAUUAGGGUUUUGAAAUGGACGUCCAUGACAAGUAUAAUUUUCUACUUACCAUUUAUUAUCAAUAAACUUCUGCCCUUUA